UUAUCAAAAUCGGUUGAGGCGGGCAUAAGAAAGGAUAUUCAUACAUACAUACAGAUAACAAACAUAACAAUGUCAAAAGUUUGUGAUGUCGAGAAGAAAAAACAAAAACAUAAUUAUUGUCUAUGACGUGUCACGUUGGAAAGCGUUCGAUAUUUGAAUUUCGAACCGGUGCGCGGUGUAUCCCGUGUGUGAACUGAGAAUGUGCAACAUGCGUGCCCUUGACCUACAGAGAGUACGUCGCCAUUUUGCCAAGAUGGCCGACACCUGUCAGCGAUAUAAAUGGAAAAGAUGAACAACCCGGGGCCCAAAAUAGAACCUUGUUGCACUCCGAACACGGCAUAUCCAACGUAUCGUCCGGCGACACAAACUCCAACCAAUCACAACAAAACACACAAACAAACAUAGCUAACCCUUUAGACAAUAAUAAAAACACGCAAAACGAUAAAACAAACGAAAUGACUACCGUGUCAAAAGCCUCCGUAAAAUCUACCGAUGACUUUGACGUAAACGAGUAUUUUGCCAGACUGCAAGGCACUAGAUACGUUAGUGCUCCUCUAAACAGUAACGUAACAGACCAGAAUGCUAAUCUACAAGCUGAAGAGAAUCUUGAAGAGAUAAAUCUAAAUGAUUCCAUCGAGCCGGAUAAAGUAGGUACAGAAAACGUACAGAAUAGCUUAACAUCUGAUAUAGCGCAGAACUUUUCUCAGCUGCCUAACGUCCUGCCUCAUGUAGCGAGUGCUGUGUUCAGUUCUUUUAGUAAUAUGUUGAGUAUGAAGAGUAGAGAGGUUACCCCUGAUGAACCGAAGGUGCAUGAUGUACAGCACAGAGCUGAAGCUAUGAAUGUACCGCUAGGAAUACCUGAGGUGCCGGUUAGUGUUGCGCCUCCACCGUUGAGGGAACCACCUAUGUCUGGUACUACUUCAAACUAUAGAAUUACAACUAAGAAGAAAGUAUACGCACAAGUACCGGGACUAAGUUCUGGAGAUCAUCAACACACACAAACAUUCAAUCCGGCACCCAUGAGUCAGAACAGACCAGCUUAUUUCAUACCUGAUGCUAAUGUAUCUAGUCCACUAUCCGAUCAUAGUAACAUUGAAAACGUUGCAAUUCCAUAUGAUAUGUGGAAGAAACCAUCCAUAACAUCUUUACGGAAUACAAGAAAUGUUCAGGAAUCUACUAAAAUAAGUGCUGAUGAAAGUAAAGAGCAAGUUAAUAUAUUUGAUCCUACGGCGUUUGUUCAAUCAAGCUCAGCUUUUCUACCAAAGUCGACAAGUCAAGCAGGAUUUGAUACAAAAAUAAUUGACCAAGCUAAUACAGCGAACGCCUAUGUAUCCACUCAAAUAACACUUCAAGAAAGCGAAGAAAAAUUUAAUGUUAUUAAUCCUGCAGCUUCAAUACCACAAAUUCGUACAAAAAUAACUGACCAAGUUAAUAUAGAACACUUAAGUGGAUUUACUCAAAUCACUACAAAAGAAACCCAACAUAGAUAUAAUAUAUCUAAUCCGGCAGCCUCUGUUGAAAUACAAACGAGAAAAGCAGUUGACAAUUACCCUGAAUCACAUUGUGAAAAUAAAUCUGAUUUAGAAAGCUCCGUAUAUAUUACAACUGGACAAGCAACUGAAAGUCAUCCUGGUGCAUUUAGUCAAACUAACCCCAAUACUAUUGAGAUAAAACCAGAUAUGCCAUCGCAAACUACUAUUCCUAAUCCAGCAAAUGAAUUUAUGCCAUUAACAUCACAUGUAUCCGCCGCAGUGAUUGGUCCACCACCUAUGUUCUCUAAUUUACCGCAGAGAGAUAGCCAAACUACUGUGGGAAAGUCGGUUUUACCACCAUCGGUGGCACGGCGCAUAUCUGCUAAUCAACCAAUAAUCAAACCUCAAACUAUACCAACUAUGGUUCCACAAGACAAUUUCUUCAUUCCAACUAUUCCAUUAGUACAUGAACAACCGAAUUUUGCUUCAUCUAAUAAUAAAAAUGAAGGACAAGUUCCAACCGCAGACGAAAUACAAAGUUCAGUACCAUCUCAAAUAAAUUUACAAUCUCAAAAGUUUCCUGCAAAUUAUCAACAGUUAUCAUUUGAAAUACCAUCAAAUUUUUCAAACCAACCACUUAAUUCUUCAAAUAACACAGUACCGAUGGUAUCUUCAAAUAAUACAAUGAUACCAGAAUCACCUGCCGCUAUACCUCUUAUUCCUAAAGGAUCAUCAUCAUUGCCAGUUUCUACGCCCGAGCCUCGUAUUCAUCAAGGACCAUCACAACCACCAAAAACAAUUCAACCAAUAAGACCACCAUCUUUUGUUUCUGAUUCCGUUACGAAAUCACUAGAAAAAUGCGCAACUGAAGGCCCCCUUCAAUCUACAGGUAUCACUCAACCGGUCAAGAUUGAGCAAGAAAAUAUUGUGCCACCUAUGUUCUUUAAUCCUACUACGCUGAUUCAAACAGCAAUAUCUAAGGACGAGAUACAGAAAAAUGAAGAUGUUGCAAAACAGUUUCCACAAUUCACAGUGGACUCUCCACCUGAACCUCCAAAACAAAUAACAGAGCCUCCCAAAAUGACAGGAAAUCUAAAUUAUAGAUUAACAAAGAAAAAGCCACAGUAUUAUUCCGGUCCAAUCGAAGGUAUUGGUAAUAUAAGUAACAAUCUAAAACCAGAAAUAAACCCUAUUGGACCCAGUUUGUUCCAGGGUACUGUUUUUACUCCUGAACAAAAUAUUCAACCUACUAACCAACAAUUAGCUAGAGAUUACAGUUUGCCUAGUGCGCAAGAAGUUACACGACCAAUUGAUUUGCCUCAGCCAUCUACAGGAUCAAGUUUAUUCCAAGGUGCUAUAUUAACACCUGACCAAAAUGUGCAACCAAUAACCCAGAAGUUAGCAACAGAUUAUAAUUCACCUAGUUCAUAUGGAACUGACGCACCUUUUGAUUUAAAUAAACCUGUAGCGUCAUCAUAUCCAACAUUUGGUGCAAAUGAACCACAAGAACACAAAUCAUUAGUCUAUAAAGAUUUUAAUACAGCGUUUGACUUUAGUAGACCAACAACCGAAAGAUUUGAGGAAACUCAACAAGAUUCGAAAGGUUUUGGGAUAAUUGGAUCGUUAAAAUCUAAACUCAGUUCAAUAGAUAUUAAUAAGAUCCAGAAUACUGUUACAACCUUCUUCGACCCCACCUACAAUGAAACAAAAGUUGAUGAAAAAAAGCAUGAAAAUUUAUCACAGUAUGAUAAUUUAUCUGUUGGGAAUUAUCGACAUUUUCCACAUACUGAAAGUGCUAAUUUAGAAGUAUUUAUUCCUAGUGCUCAAGAACAAAUAAAACCUAAUCCAUACAAUAAUCAAGCUGAUUACUCCCAAUCUACCAUACAUCCACGUUAUUAUCAAACACAAGAUUAUAUAAAUCAAGCCCAAAAUUAUCCUAAUCCGGGAUGGGGUAACAUGUACCAUCAGCAACCAGUCGGCCAACACCUGUCUGGCGCAAGCAGUCUUUAUCCAAAUCCGGCAAAUAUAACGCAAGACUAUCAUAAAAAUGAAACGAAACAAUCAAUAGAAGCUGAAAAAUUAUACACAAAUACCACAAUAUUUACGCAAGAUCAUACAAUAAAAACUCCUACAGGAAAACAUUUGAAUGAAAAUGAUAAAAUAGCUAAUAUUCCUAAAAUAACCGAUUCCUUACCUCCUGAUGCCAUAGUUCAUCAGAAUGUAACUAAAACUCAAGAACUUAAUUCAUCAGGUACUGGAAUGGAAGGCGACCCUGAAAGAAUUGGUAUUUUACCAGAUAAGAACAAGAUAUCUGAAAUAUCUCAGAAUACUGGUGAUUCUUCUUUAAAAAGUUUCUUUGAUUAUUCUAAACAAGAGCAACAAUCACUAUUUGAUAAUAUAGUGUCUAAAGAAAAUGAUUUUAGAAAAGCGAACACUGUUUACGGACACGCAACUGUUGCUGAUUCAUUUGCAAGUGCUUUUGACUUGAAACAACCUUUAACCCAGCCAAUAUUUGCCACUAAAACUUAUGAACAUACUUUACUACAGCCAAAAACUACUAAAAGUUUAGUAGAACAACUACCCCGAGAACUACCUCGGGAAACGUCUCGAGUAUUUUCAAACAUUUCCGCAAAAGACUUUUUUGAUAGACAAAAAUCUCAAGAAAACGUGAUUCCAACCAAACCUGAAAAAACUGAUAUCGGUUUUAAAUUAUUACAAAAAACGUCUAAUGUUUCACCGAAGUCUUAUUUUGAUUAUCACUUUACAACUCCCGUAUUGAAUGUUGAUGAAAACAAAGACAUCUCGAGUAGUAAAAGUGCGCAAAGUUUUUUUGGCAAGCAAGGCGCAACUGAUGUUGAUACAUCAAAAGAACUAUUAACAACUGUUAUAUUUCCAGUAUUAAAGGACUUAUCUGAUGAUUUGGUGCCACCACAAUAUUUGCAUGAUAGUGCAAAUGAUCAACAGACAAUUGCUUCUUCCAGCUAUGAUACUCAAAUGAGCACAGACGUUUGCUAUAGGCUUUUCAAUUUUGGUCCGCCAGCUAAACCCUUAAAUCCUGGCUGUUCAUCAUACAAAGAUAUAAAUAUAAUCGAAGAAAAAACCGAAAACUUGGCUUUAACUGAAAGUACUGAAAAUGCUUUGAAACAAAAGUCUUCAAUUUCAGAUCUUUUUGAGAAAAGUGAACCAACUGAAUUAAUUGAGGAUUUGCUUGAUCAUCAAGUUUCCGAAUUAAACAUUUGUGAAACAUGUAGAGAGGUUAAUAAGCCAGAAGAGAAAGAUGUAGAUGAUUUAACUUCACAGUUAAUAGAAAAUAUAACAGCUCCCAUACAAUUGGCGCACCCUGUCGAGUAUCCGUUGGUUGGAAGCAGUUUGGUUACUGAUAAAUCCGAAAUAUCACAUAUUACAGAAGGUAUCAUAGAAACCAUGAAAUUACCGCCACCUGUCGAACUAAUUGAUGACAUAAGCGUUAGUACAAAUAGAAAUUACGGAUGGUCAACUAACGACGCUAACUCAUCUAAGGUCCUAGAAGAUCAUGACUACGAUUUUCAAUCGGAUCCUCUUUCCUUAUUUCAAGACAAAACCUUGGUAUUUGAAAACAUACCAACUAAUGCUAGCGAUGAAAUAAAAGCUGAAUUUAUAUUUUCUCAAGAAGAUACUACAAUUUUACCUCCACCUAUAAGUGUACCUACUGCACCACCCGAGGAGGAUACGAAGUCAGACGAAAGUGGUUUAGACGUGCAUUCGAUUGAACAAGAUGCUAAAAAUGACUUUACUUUUCACGUAGAGUUCGUGAUAGAACCAUCCGAAACUGAUGAUGAUAAAAUAGAGUAUAAAGAACGAGAAAGAAGUUCAGAUGACCCAGUGCCAGAUGCAGAUACCUUUACGAAUAGAGUAGAGAGGUAUAAGAAAAUGGAAACUAAUCCAGAACCUCUAUUUGAAUUAAGGCGAGAUUCUUUGCCAUUUGACUUACCAACGUCAACCAGCCCAGCAAUAACGAUAGCGUCAUAUUUCGAUACAGGCAACUAUGCUGUUGAGAAUCAUUACAAGAACUCAUUGACUUCUCCGGCCGCUUCGAAAUCUUUCACCGUCAACACUUCUGCAAUGCGUAUCCCACCAGGUUUUGAAGACGAAUAUAAAAAGCGACUAAGUGAAUUCGCUGCUUCGAGGAUCCUUCCUGGAUUGGACGAAAAUGCUACAUUCAUUCCAGAUAAAACCACUCAAACGCCAGCCACAGUCACAUUGACAGUAAACAAUCCAAAUAUACCAUUCAUACCUGAUAACUCAGCCCAAACACGUGAUUUAGCAACGUUGGCGUAUUCAGAGAGUCCUGCAGAAAACCUGAACAUUUCUGAUACAGACGUUUUAACUAUGAUCGAUAAAAUUGUAGAAGAUCCAUCUUCCCCUGCUUUACCCGAACGGUUACCAGCAUUUUCCAGUAUUAUUGAACCUAAAAAGGAAACAGCAGAAGAGAAUAAACUUGAUACAGUAUCGACUGAAAAGGAACCACAAAAAAGUGAAGAACUUAAAUUGGAAUCCCUACCGGAUCCUAUUAACUUCUUUUCAUCCAAUGCAGAGAGUACAGAAGACUCAGAUGUCUAUAGUAACUUUAGUAGAUUAUCUAGUUAUUUUACAAGCCCACCCAAACCUGAUCACACAAAGUCUUUUUUUGAGUUGAGCCAGUCUCAAGAUCAUUAUAGGCAUAAACCUAAAAGUGACACUUUCGAUUCAAUACAAAAUAAUGUAAUAAGUUUCUUUGAAUCUACAGCUGUAGAUACUCAAACAAAACCAAUUGUAGAUUCAGCAAAUAAUAAAACUACAAACAUUCCUCAAAACAACAUGGCAGAUAUGAGUUUAAUACACGAUUUGACAUCAUAUAAAAAUUUUACUCCAACAGAAGACAUAGUAAGAACAGUCAGCUACUUUGCUGUAGUUGAAAAUGCUAAAGAAAUCAAUAUAGGCGAACCAAAUGUAUCCAAACAAUUGAAUGAAAAAGAACGUACAGAAAACACAGAUUAUAAAUAUAUUAAUGAACAUGAUAAUAAUCAGUUAGGGGACAAAAAUAACUUAAAUUUCGAGGAUAUUAUAAGAAAAUGUAAAUAUUGCUGUGACAUGACCAAAAAGUUUACAAAGUUAGACAUAAAAGGAGUAGAUUUUGAUAAUUUUAACGUAAGGAAAGGGAUGGAUAGAGACACCGAUAAGAAAAAGGAGGGAGAUAGCAAUAUGGCUGAGAAAAAGGGAGUUGUGAAUAAACCGUUGCUGAGCGUCAAUUUUUUAGAUCAAACAUUCCAAGAUGAUAGUAGUGACAAAAUUGUUUCUAUGACUGAGCAUCGCACAUCUUCAGACUAUGAGCCAUUGAAGUACCAUUGGUUCUACCGGAAAGAAUUGGAAGACAAAUCCAUAUGGCGGGGCUUCUCAGCGGGCGACUCCAAAGCAUUGGAGGACGCGUAUAAUAGCCCGGACCUAAAUAAAGACACCGUAGUGGCAACGGAUGGUGGGAGAUAUGACGUGAACGUGAUGGCACGAACUAGGACCGCUGUGUACUGGACUGAAAAACCCACCAACGUCAUGAGAUGCAGUUGGUUCUACAAAGGCACGGCGGUCCCUCGCUAUGUGCCUUACACAGAAUCUACAGCUGAAAAACUUGAGGAAAUGUACCGCCACAGCGUGACAACAGGCGAGUGGCACCGGCGCCUGAUGCUGCCGAAUGACGAGAUGGUUGUGAUGCACGGCCCGACCGUCAUGGUGCACUUUCUGCAGGCCUCCACUGACGCCUUCAGCGCCACUCCACUAACCAUGUUCGGAAAGAGUGUGUACCGAAAUCCUCCAAAGAUCAACGUGACAGAAGACCAGCCUUUACAGAUAGACCAUCUCAUAUUUAUGGUGCAUGGUGCAGGGGAGUGGAGGCAACAAAAGCAAAAAAUUCAGUCUAUGCGUCAAAGAGUUGUACGAGGUUGCGUCGAAUCGGAAAUAGAGGAUACGGAACCAUCGAGCAUAGACCAUCUAUUGCUGAUGUGUCAUGGCGUCGGUUCCGCUUGCGAUAUGCGCUUCCGGUCUGUGGAAGAAGUCGUGGAUGACUUCAGGUCUACAAGUUUACAACUAGUACAAUCACAUUACAAGAACUCCUAUGAUAGUGGCCUUGUAGGAAGAGUCGAGGUGCUACCAAUAUCCUGGCAUUCCAGUCUUCAUUCAGGAGAGACAGGCGUAGACACUCGCUUAGCAGCUGUGACCCUCGAAAGUAUACCGCGGUUGAGGAAUUUCACUAACGACACAUUGCUGGAUGUACUGUUUUAUACCAGUCCUGUGUUUUGUCAGACUAUAAUAGACACGGUAUGCAGUGAGCUGAAUCGCAUCUACGCACUGUUCAAGAAAAGGAAUCCAGAUUACGAGGGCGGAAUAUCAUUGGGAGGCCACUCGCUAGGGAGUGUCAUCUUGUAUGACUUGUUAUGUCACCAGAUGCCAAAGGGUACAGAAAGACCGGUGUCGACGGAUAAGCAGUACGUGACAGGCACGGCCGGCACUGGGCAGCCGUGCGUCAAAUAUCCCUGUCUACACUUCUGCCCGGACGCGCUGUAUGCCCUAGGCAGUCCUAUUGCCAUUUUCGAAUGCAUCAGAGGCGUACAAACUCUAGGCCAAGAAUUCUGCCUUCCAACGUGCAAGAACUUUUUCAAUAUCUUCCAUCCGUACGAUCCUAUUGCUUACAGAAUCGAACCCAUGGUGAAUCCAUUGCUAAGGGAUGUUAAACCCUAUCAAAUUCCUCAUCACAAGGGCAGAAAGAGGAUGCAUUUAGAGCUGAAAGACACGAUGGCGCGCGUGGGGGCGGACAUUAAGCAGAAAUUGAUUGAAUCCAUCAAAAGCACGUGGUCAAGUAUGUGGAAAACGCAACCACCGCCCGACACGCAACUAGAGAAGGUGGUUGAGGAAGAAAUGGAGAAGGAAGCGUUAAAUUCAGAAUCAAAGGAAGACCAAGUACAAGAACAUGAGGUAACUACGGAAAUGCUCGGCAAUUUAAACGACGGUCGUCGAAUAGACCACGUGUUGCAAGAAGCGCCUUUUGAGAUGAUCAACGAGUAUCUAUUCGCUAUGAGCAGCCAUGUUUGCUAUUGGGAAUCGGAGGACGUGAUGCUAGUGAUGUUGCGCGAGAUAUAUAAUGCGAUAGGCGUGACGCCCGACUGCAGUGUCCCGCAACACACCAUGACCGUGCACAGGAGUCGACUGACGGAGGACUCUCUUACUCCUUCAGAAUCGCCAUCGACGAGUCGCAACGGAUCGUGAUUUAAUUAAAAUAAUUUAAAACAUGUAAAUUAACAUAAUAUGACAUCACUAUCGUACACUAAACUAAAACUCAACUAAAUAGAUUCCUGGUCUGGUGGAAGGCUUCGGCCGUGGCUAGUUACCACCCUACCGGCAAAGCCGUGCUGCCAAGCGAUUAAGCGUUCCGGUACGACGCCGUGUAGAACACAAAGGAGUACGGGUUUAAUGUAAAUUGCAAUAAUACCCCUUCUAGGCUAGCCCGCUUUCAUCUUAGACUGCAUCAUCACUUACCACCAGGUGAGAUUGCAGUCAAGGGCUAACUUGUAUCUGAAUAAAUAAAUACAUAAAUAAAUAACUUAGUCGUAUCAUUUCAUACAAAAUGUUAUAAAAAUCUUCUUAUAUUCUUAUAGUCUUGGUUUCUCAAUUGAAACCAUAGUAGCGUCAUUGAUGUCGAUUUUGAUGACUUUCUCUAAACUGAAAAUUUAGAGUAUCUGCAUCUUUUUCUUUUUAA